UAACAAGAGCUUAAAAAGUCUGAACUCGGCUCGUUCCUCCACUGACGGCCAUCAGAACAGAUUCCUGAGCCACAACAGCGUUGAAGAGUUCCUGCAUCUCCUCCAGGACUCACAAUCUGGAUCUUCACUGAAAUUAGGAAAACAUAACAACAUGGACAUUGGCCUGAUCAGUGUCGGAUGCCCGACAAUCCGCCGACUGAAAACUAAGAAACAGACAUUUGGGACGCUGACCAGAGUCACUAUAGGUGAAAAAGAUGUGAGGAAGAUAAAUAAAACCAUCUUGCUUGUUGGAGAAAAGGGGACAGGAAAAUCUGCUCUGAUCAAUGCUCUGGUUAAUUACGCCAUGGGAGUGAGGUUUGAGGAUGAAGUCUGGUUUCAGGUUGUGGAGGAAGAGGAGAAUGACCAAACAUCAGAUGUGACUGUGUAUGACGUCUUUGAUUUUAAAGAUAAACCUCUGCCCUACUCUCUGACCAUCAUUGAUACUCCUGGAUGUGGGAGCCACAGAGGGAUGAACUGUGAUGUGACUGUAAGUCAGAGACUGUUUGACUUAUUUCGAUCAGAAGAUGGAGUUCAUGAGAUCCAUGCAGUGGCAACGGUGAUGAAGGCUACUGAGCAUCAGUUCAGUGAUUCUCUGAGAUACAUACUGGAGUCAAUGAUCCCUCUUUUUGGGAAAGGCCUUGAAAACAUCACUGUGGCUCUGAUCACACACUCAGAUGGGACGAUACCUACGGCUGCUCUUCAAGCCCUUAAAGGUGCAGGGACUCCAUGUGUAACAGACGCGAACAGCCAGCCUGUUCACUUUACAUUCAAUAACUGUCAGAAUGAGGCUCGAACAGAGGAAACUAGCUUAGAUCUGGAAAAAGCAUGGAGAGUGACAGAGGCAGGGAUGAGUCAGUUCAUGUCUUUUCUUAAAAAGGCUUCACCUCAGCAGCUACAGGUGAUGUUUGGGUUUAACUCACAAAUAAGACUUGCAGCCACUAUCCAAAAUCUAGAGGAGAAAAUCAGGCUAAAUGAACUGAAGCAGAAAGAAAUUAGGCAGCUUCAAGACGCUCUGAAGAAACAAAAAGAAGAGAAGAAAAUUGAGAACGUCAUCGAAGUAGAUGAAGUCUGCAUAGAACAAGAACCUAUUGGUGGUGAGAUGUCCUUCUUAAAAUCGGCUGUCUGCUGCACCGUCUGUAAGGAGAACUGCCACUAUCCAGGAUGUACGAUGGCCCUGAACCAUGAAGAGUGUGAGGUCAUGAACAACAGUCGCUGCACUGUUUGCACUGGUAAAUGUCCCGUUUCAACACAUAUUAAAGCCGACUGGAGGUACGUGGCCAAGACAAAAAAAGUGCAGAGAACCAAAGAGGAAUAUAAAAAGAUGUAUAAGAAAGCAUCAAACCAUAAGAUAAAGCUUCUUGAGAUUCUGGAAAAGGAGAUUGAAAGUCUAAAGUCAGAGAAGACACAACUGAUAGAAAACUCCUUCAAAAAAGUUGCAAACUUGGAUCAGACAGUUCUUAAAGUUUGCUCCCUUUCCACCUACAUAAGUUUGGACUUCCUGAUUGAGAAGAUGGAAGAACAAGGAGACUCAGAGAAGCAACAGAAACUGCAGCAGAUGGACCAGCAGAUGGAUGGAAGGGUCAAAGCCUUGCUCAACUGCAACAACAACGAUCCACAAGAAAUCUUGGCCAACAAUGAGCCGAUUCGUUCUGGAUCCACUAAAGUCUACCAGCUCAAAACAAAGAAAAAAGUCAUUGGAACCUUGACCAGACUGACUGUAGGC